AUAAAUAGUGGAGUGACAGAUGGUUGAGUUCACUCAAAAGAAAAGUUCCGGGUGUGGUCUGUAGCCCGGUUCAUGCUCACUACGCCCUAGAUAGCUCAAGUGUUUUGCGCUAGGUUUUAUGUGACGACGAGUUUUUAUAUGCGCUUAAAGUGAAUUAUGGGAGUGUUAGACAAAGUUGAAGUUGAAAAUAUUUGAUACAAGAGAUCCCGCAGUCACCACCGGAGGAAACCUAAAAAAGGGAUGCUGGAAUCAGCUCAGCUUAUCGACUGUAGCGGCCAGGAGAAGAGUUGGGAGAGGAUAUCCAGUGGAGGAAGUGUGGGGCUAGGAGAAGGUAGCCUCUUAGGAUAGGAGGAAGGGAGACGGCCAGGAAAUGUUCGAAAGCCCCUAUAGGCUUAAUGUGAAUUAGAAACCAUGAGGUAUAUACAAGCUUAACUGGGCGCAUAGGGUCGCGACAAAUAUCUCCCCGUGCAUGGACGUAUACAUACAUUCGAUGUGGAGACCGAGCGCACAAAAAUUUCUUCGGGGAAGGAGUGGGGGUCUAAUGAAAAGUUAGGUCUGAGUGGUGGCAUAGUAUGGGACCGUAUAAGAUGCGCGCCCGACGCAGACCAAACAGUUCCCGAGGGAAAGGUGCCUGACAUCGGACGGUUCCCUUGGAUGGGGAUACUGCAGCACAGUUUUUAUAUGGGUGAGAAGACCCGGUACGCAGUGACCGGCGCAGUGCUGAUCCACCCGGGGUACGCCAUCGCGGCUGCUGAAGACAUAGCCAAAAUUCAUCCGGAGCAGUUAACUAACAAUACGCAGUUCAUUUUAUGGGAGAGCCAAGACAGGAAAUACUCCAUGGACGUGGUGGACUAUAUCCUCCACCCUGAGUACAUGGAGAAGGUGACUAUCGCCACGAUAGCUCUACUCCAACUCUUCACCAUGACUGACGACGGCUUCACGAACACUCCUGCGCCAGUGUUGCCCAUAUGUUUGCCGAUCAGCGGUGCCGGAGUGUUUACAGAUCUAUAUACAGUUAGAAUGAAUGACGAGAAUCAAGAAUUGAUAAAGGAAACCAUGAAGAUGAGCUUCGUCGACAAUAAGGACUGUGAAGAGUUCUACUACAGAGCUAACUUAAAUUAUAAGAAAAUGGCGCCUCAGUCAUCCGUCUGCGUCACUUCCGAACAAGUAAUGGACCCUUGUGUGUGGGACGGUGGUAUAGCGCUAGUUACCAGACAGUCGUGGGGUUUUUGGAAAUUGCUAGGUUUCGGAGUACGAGGACCAGGCUGUGGCGCACCAGCUCGCUUUGUGAACAUGCAUGACUAUAUCCCCUGGAUUGACGAGAUCGUCUCCCGGAGGCCUUCAGAGGACGAGCUCGAGGACGGCACCUCCAAGUGGCUUCUACGUCAACUAUCCCCCGUCAAACUGGUCAUGGUGGAGACAUCCAAGAUUAGGAGCAAGGAGACGGGCCAAUGUGAUAAACACGACCGUGGUGACGUUAUCUACAAAGAUAAUACCGAGAUUGUGCUGAACAAGAACUUCGCGCAGGGAUUUUUUUUCUUGGUGAUAAACCAAAUUGGGCAGUUUACGUGCUUGAUAGUGAACAUGGAGACAAGCUCGAGGACCAACGCUGCGAUGUGGGUGGAGCACUAUUGCCACAGAGACUUGACAGGGCUCGCUCAUGGAGUCAACGAGCCUCUGCAUCGCGGAGAUGGUUACAAAAAGAUUGAGUGCUUCAUGUACUUCAAGAGCGCUGCAUUUAUCGAGUUCCGGUUCCUGUUCUCUUUCAAAGCGAUAUUGGAAGUGACGCUUUACGGCAGGGAGGAGAUUCCUCGAGAGAUCCCCAACCCGUGGGUGACGGACAUCACCACGCUCCCUUGGUGGCCCACGGCGCGCAUCAUUCGCUGGGGCUCCUUCGUGCCCUUCUACCAUUGGUGGUAUUCGCUUUAAAUUUGGCUAUUUUAUACAUUAAAGCGUUUGACAGGGUACACAAAUUGAUAUUUUAUUAUUUUUCUAAACAUGUUCCGCUAAAUGCUAAAUAGAAAUAUUAAAGAAAUCAGUAACUCCCUUCUUAAAUCUGGUGGAAAAGGUAAAUAUCAAAUUACAUAAGUAUGCGCGAAUAAUCGAGUUCUUUUCGAAAAACUAUGGUUUUUUUUUUGUUACCACUCAAAAAUAUUCAGUUAUAAAACCAGAAUUCUUUUCGUUUAAGUUUAACUAUUUUAAGAGGACCUGAAAUAGUAAGUAAGAAGCGGAAAGACAGAUGGUCCAUAACCUCCCAUUUCUCAGUACGAACGCUAAAAAUGAACAUGUGAAACAUAUGCAAAUUUUGGAAAUGUUAACGACGGACAUCGCACCGAGUCACGACCGCCGCGCACGAACCGACAGAUAUUUACUGCAAAAUUGUUAUAGUUGCAAUUUAAGUCAUACAGAUUAUUUUCUUGUACAGAGACUGUAAAUGUAACAACUUUGACUCUAUUGUAACAGGUGAUUUUUUAUCAGCAAAUGGGAAUCAAUUAACCGACUUCAAAAAAAGGAGGAGGUUAUCAAUUCGGCGUGAUUUUUAAUGUUUGUUACCUCAAAACACAGGAAAAUUCUUUUUUUAUUCGAACGAAUAUACAUCUAUGUAUUUAUGUAGCUUAACUAGCAAUUUUUAUUAGUCACCGACUCCAAAAUUGAUAUCCAGUGUAUAAUGUUGAAGGUGGUUUAUUUUUUGUUAAUUUAUUUUAUUGUUGCUUGAAAUCAAGGAGACGAAUGUCUGUCAAAUUAAAAUCAGUCCUUGUCUACCAUACGUUAUAUUAAUCUUAGAAAUAGGUAGCUUUGUGUCUACUUCGGUAUACAAUGUUGCCAAACGUGUAGCGCCCUGUUGCGCAUCAAAUCCGUUAACCCACAUACAAUAACUUACACAACUCUUGGAACAAUGGAAUAUAAAAUCAUUGCGACGCCUACGAAAGCGCCAUUUCUGAGAAUUUAUGUCACGCAAAACCAUGACUGUCGAGGUAAAUCAAGAUUAAACUAUAGAGUUGUUUAAGAACUGUCAAUAUAUGGUGGUGAGGAUUAUUAUAUUUAAGAAUAUUCUUAGCC